UCGGAGCCUUCAGGGCGGGGAGAGUGUGGCCCAGGCUGCCGGAGCGAACACCCACCUUCUGGAGGAGACCGACCGACCGGCAACGGCGCAGGCUCGGACAGGACGUCGCGCUUUGUUUCUGGGAUAUUUUUCUUUUUCCACUACCAGCGUCAUUAUUUCGCACCAAGCAGCCGGCGGACUUUCCACUGAAAGCAGAGCCUUCAGAGCGCCGCGAUGGAGGAUGGGAAGCCGGUGUGGGCGCCCCACCCAGUGGACGGGUUCCAGCUGGGAACCAUCGUGGACAUCGGCGCCGACAGCUUGACCAUCGAACCCCUCAAGCAGAAGGGAAAGACCUUUCUGGCUCCCAUCAACCAAGUCUUCCCCGCAGAGGACGACGUCAACAAACAUGUGGAGGACAACUGUUCAUUGAUGUACUUGAACGAGGCCACUCUGCUCAACAACGUCCGAGUGAGAUACAGCAAAGACAAAAUUUAUACCUUUGUAGCGAACAUCCUGAUCGCCGUCAACCCAUACUAUGACAUCCCAAAGCUCUACUCGCCAGACACCAUCAAGAAAUACCGGGGCCGGUCUCUGGGCACGCUGCCGCCGCACGUCUACGCCAUCGCUGAUAAGGCGUACAGGGACAUGAAGGUGCUGAAGAUGAGCCAGUCCAUCAUCGUCUCGGGAGAAUCCGGAGCCGGAAAGACGGAAAACACCAAGUUUGUACUCAGAUACCUGACGACCUCGUACGGCACGGGUCAGGACAUCGACGAGCGGAUCGUGGAGGCGAACCCCCUGCUGGAAGCUUUUGGAAAUGCCAAAACUGUCCGCAACAACAACAGCAGUCGCUUCGGGAAGUUUGUGGAGAUCCACUUCAACGAGAAGAACGCCGUGGUGGGCGGCUUCGUGUCCCACUACCUGCUGGAGAAGUCCAGGAUCUGCCGGCAGAGCCCCGAGGAGCGGAACUACCACAUCUUCUACCGCCUGUGCGCCGGGGCGCCCGAAGACAUCCGACAGAAGUUCCACCUCAGCUCUCCGGACACAUUCAGGUACCUGAACCGAGGAUGCACACGCUUCUUCGCCUCCAAAGACACAGACAAACAGAUCAUGCAGAACCGAAAGAGCAAGGAGCACGGCAAGUCGGGCCCGCUGAAGGACCCGCUGCUGGACGACCACGGCGACUUCAAGAGGAUGAGCGUGGCCAUGAAGAAGAUCGGCCUGGACGACACGGAGAAGCUGGACCUGUUCAGGGUGGUGGCCGGCGUGCUGCACCUCGGGAACAUCGACUUCGAGGAGGCCGGGAGCACCUCAGGCGGCUGCAACAUCCGGAACCAGUCGAGCAAGACGCUGGAGCACUGCGCCGAGCUGCUGGGCCUGGUUCAGGAGGACCUGAGGAGCAGCCUCACCUCCAGGGUCAUGCUCACCACAGCAGGGGGCGCCAAAGGAACAGUCAUCAAGGUGCCGCUCAAAGUGGAGCAGGCCAACAAUGCCCGGGACGCCCUGGCGAAGGCCGUCUACAGCCGCCUCUUCGACCACGUGGUCACCCGGGUCAACCAGUGCUUCCCCUUCGACUCCUCCGCCAACUUCAUCGGCGUGCUGGACAUCGCUGGCUUCGAGUACUUUGAGCACAACAGCUUCGAGCAGUUCUGCAUCAACUACUGUAACGAGAAGCUGCAGCAGUUCUUCAACGAGCGCAUCCUGAAGGAGGAGCAAGAGCUGUACCAGCGGGAGGGGCUGGGAGUCAACGAGGUGCACUACGUGGACAAUCAGGACUGCAUAGACCUGGUGGAGGCCAAGCUGGUGGGCAUCCUGGACAUCCUGGACGAAGAGAACCGGCUACCUCAGCCCAGCGACCAGCACUUCACCGACACCGUGCACAACAAGCACAAGAACCACUUCCGCCUCACCGUGCCCAGGAAGUCUAAGCUGGCCAUCCACAGGAACGUGAGGGACGAUGAAGGAUUCAUUAUCAGACACUUUGCAGGAGCCGUGUGCUACGAGACGACCCAGUUCGUGGAGAAGAACAACGACGCUCUGCACAUGUCCCUGCAGUCUCUGAUCAGCGAGUCCAAGGACCGCUUCAUCCGCGAGCUCUUCGAAAACUCCAACAACAGCAGAGACGUCAAGCAGAAGGCCGGGAAGCUCAGCUUCAUCAGCGUCGGGAACAAGUUCAAGACCCAGCUGAACAUCCUCCUGGAAAAGCUCCGCAGCACGGGCUCCAGCUUCAUCCGCUGCAUUAAGCCCAACCUGAAGAUGGUCAGCCACCAGUUCGAAGGCGCUCAGAUCCUCUCCCAGCUGCAGUGCUCCGGCAUGGUGUCUGUGCUGGACCUGAUGCAGGGCGGCUUCCCGUCCAGAGCGCCCUUCCACGAGCUCUACAACAUGUACCAGCAGUACAUGCCUCCCAAACUCACCCGGCUCGACCCGCGCCUCUUCUGCAAGGCUUUGUUUAUGGCCCUGGGACUGGAUGAGAAGGACUACAAGUUCGGUCUGACCAAAGUGUUUUUCCGGCCCGGGAAGUUUGCAGAGUUCGACCAGAUCAUGAAGUCGGACCCGGAGCACCUGGCGGAGCUGGUGAAGAAGGUCAACAGGUGGCUCAUCCACAGCCGCUGGAAGAAAGUGCAGUGGUGCGCUCUGUCCGUCAUCAAACUGAAGAACAAGAUCCUGUACCGGACCGGCGCCUGCAUCAAGAUGCAGAAGACGGUUCGCAUGUGGCUCUGCAAGAAGAAGCACAAGCCUCGCAUCGACGGGCUGGUCAAAGUGCGCACCCUGAAGAAGAGGAUGGACCGCUUCAACGAGGUGGUGGGCGGCCUGAAGGAGGGCAAGAAGGAGAUGAGCAAGCAGGUGCAGGAGCUGGACGCCGCCAUCAACGCCCUGGUGGUCAAAAUCAAGAGCACCAUGAUGACCCGCAUCGACAUCGACCACGAGUACCAGGCGCUGGUGAAGCGGUCGGAGAAGCUGCUGACCGCCAUGCAGAACAAGAAGAAGGAGGAGGAGGAGCGCGAGCGCCUGCGCCGCAUCCAGGAGGACAUGGAGCGCGAGAAGAAGAGGAGGCAGGAGGAGGAGCAGCGCCGCAAGCAGGACGAGGAGGACCGCCGCCUGAAAGCCGAGAUGGAGCUGAAGAGGAAGCAUGAAGAGGAAGAGAGGAAGAAGAGGGAGGAGGAAGAGAGGCGCAUUCAGAUGGAGAUGGAGGUGCAGAUGCAGGCGGAGCGGGAGGAGGAGGCGGCGCGACAGGCCGUCCUGGAGCAGGAGAGGAGGGACCGCGAGCUGGCGCUGAGGAUCGCCCAGAGCGAGGCCGAGCUCAUCCCCGAGGAGGCGCCCAACGACGCAGGCCUGCGCAGUAACGGCUCCUCCGUUCCGUCGUCCCCAGAGAGAGCAGCCACUGCUGCUACCCCUAGGCUCAAGAGCAUGACCAUGGAGGAAAUGGCGAAGGAAAUGACCGAGCUUCUGGCUAGAGGUCCGCAGGUUCAGGCCACCAAGGCUGCCGUCGGCGCCAAGAAGUACGAGCUGAGCAAGUGGAAGUACGCCGAGCUGCGGGACGCCAUCAAUACCUCGUGUGACAUCGAGCUGCUGGCCGCCUGUCGGGAGGAGUUCCACCGCCGCCUCAAGGUCUACCACGCCUGGAAGUCAAAGAACAAGAAGAGGAACACCGACGCCGAUCAGCGGGCGCCCAAGUCCAUCACCGACUACGAUCAUGCGCCUCCCGUGAGAAAAGCAUCCCAGCAGCACACGGCGCCGCCCAUCCCGGCCCGGCAGUACGACGUGGCCAUGAACCGGCAGCAGCGCUACUUCCGCAUCCCGUUCAUCCGGCCGGGCGACCAGUACAAAGACCCCCAGGGCAAGAAGAAGGGCUGGUGGUACGCCCACUUCGACGGGCCCUGGAUCGCCCGGCAGAUGGAGCUGCACCCGGACAAGCAGCCCAUCCUGCUGGUGGCAGGGAAAGACGACAUGGAGAUGUGCGAGCUGAGCCUGGAGGAGACGGGUCUGUCCAGGAAGCGCGGCGCCGAGAUCCUCCCGCGGCAGUUCGAGGAGAUCUGGGAGCGCUGCGGCGGCGUCACGUACCUCCGCAGCGCCAUCGAGAGCCGGCAGGCGCGGCCCACCUACGCCACCGCCAUGCUGCAGAGCAUGUUCAAGUGAGGAGGAGGAGGAGGAGGGGGCGGGGCCCAGCGCUGCAAACAAAGGGACCAGCACCAGCUACCUGCCGCCGGCGGCGCCUCGGCGUGGCGCUGCGGCGCCGCUCCAGGGUGUGACCGCGGGCCGUUUGGUUUCUCUCCACUUUCCUUUUGAUUUCUGUCUUUCGGUCGCUGAGUUUCCGUUUGGCGCCGGCUGUCGGCUCCUCCGCGGUGCGAGGGGGCGGAGCUUCGUGUUGAACCCCUAUGCAGGAAAAUCCAAACUAAACCGCGGCGUCCGGUCGUCUCAGCUCUCCGUAACACUUGUACGAGUCUAACUCCGAGGCCUUAACGCUACUUUAACAGGGUUUAAUCGCCAAAAAGUAGGACUUCUCUUUUCUUUAGCUCUUUUUUUUUUCUUCUUUUUUGUUGGAAGCUGCCUCCUCCAAACCAGAAAAUCUCCAAUUCCUCAGAUAUUAUGCAUUCCUGAUGAUUCUGUGUAGCUUCCAUGGUGACAGCUAGCUUCGCCGGCGAUCCCGCUCCGACCUCCGACCUGCUGUUUCCGUCUGCGUCCGAUUCUCUCGGGGAGAAGCGGGGAGUUUUCAGCAGGCGGCGGCGGCGCUGCUGCACCGUCCGUCAUUCCAGGUUCUUUUGUUCUUCCAGUCGAAUGUAACUCCACCUCCUGAUUCCUCGUGUGUGAUUUCUGCUGAAGCUAAUGAGUCUGAGACCAAACGUCGCUCCAAGCCCCGCUCGGGUUUCUACUUUCCUUUCCUGUUUUGUUUUUGUUUUGUUUUGUUUUUUUUAAAGCUUGGUGAUUUACUUUUCUGAGGCAGAAAAUGUGAAAUAAUUAUGCAACUGCUGGGAUGUGAGUCCACACGUUGCUGCUGUUUAGGAUCAGAUCAGCGCUGCAAAAAAAAAAAAAAAACAGAAAAACCUUCAGCCAUGACGUCUCCGAGCUUUUUCCUAACUUUGCCAACUGAGUCUUAAAGUCGUUUCACGCAUUUUUCACCAGAUAUAUAUAUAAAAAAAAAAAAAAAGGUCUGUCUGGUUGAAGGAGUCGCCUGAUUCCAGUCUGAUCCUUCUUGAAACGCUGAUCCUCAACCUUUAACUGGAACCUUCAAAACACACUGAAGACUUUCGGUACGUCGCUCGUGUUCCCACUGGAGUGUAAAAGUCGUAUCUUAUUUUGAAAGGACAGUUUCUGCUCUGGCGACGGAGGCCGCGCAACGAGAAGCAAUAAGUUAAAGACCAACAAAAGCAACAGGCCUGUUUUGUCGUGUAAAUAAAAUCCAACAACGAAGGACAAUCUGUUGAGGCGUCCCGCUGCGCUCCUGAGCUUUUCGUUCCCUCCGUUGUUCCGCAUGACGAAGAAUCACGUCGUCCGAAGCUCCCAGGCGGCUCAGAGUCGCCGCCUCCUGACCUGCGUGUUUGAAUCUGGUUGAAAAUGAAAUGAUAAUUGACGUCAGCCCCGCCUGACUGGAGGAAUGAAAGAGUUGUGAGUCCAGAAGAAGAAGAAGAAGAGGUGCGGCGUUGAUCCGGUUCUCCUCCACUCGUCACAAUCAUUCCUCGGGAAGCACUGCCUUUCUCCACGCUCACUUUUUUCUAACGCUGAUGAUCUAACUGAUGAAUAAAUGCGUUCCAUGUUUCACUCA